AUGCAUGGUAAGUGCAAAAUUCUUCAAAAGUUAGAAGGCGGAGUCAUGAAAGAAGAUGGGGUGUUGGGUUGGGGAAAAUCUUUACCAGUACCAAGUGUACAGGAGAUUGUAAGGAAUGAUCCAAAGUUUGUUCCUGAAAGAUACAUACAAGAUCACAAGAACAGGCCAGUACUAGAUUCUACAACCUUUGGUUCCGAUUCUUCGGACAUUCCAGUCAUAGAUUUCUCCUUGCUGAUCAGUGGAGAUGAAGAUGAACUAAACAAGCUAGACUUUGCUUGUAAAGAGUGGGGGUUUUUCCAGAUAAUAAACCAUGGCGUAGCGGUGAUGGUUUUAAGUAAAAUGAAGGCUGCUGUAGCAGCAUUUUUUGAUCUGCCAUUGGAAGAGAAGAAGAAGUAUUCAAUGGCGGAGAAUGACCUUCAGGGUUAUGGGCAAGCAUAUGUAGUUUCAGAACAGCAAAAACUGGAUUGGGGUGACCUGUUUUUCCUCAUAACAUGCCCACUUGAAGAUAGGAAUAUGAAGUACUUGCCAACCACAUUACCAGGAUUCAGGGAGGCAGUUGAAGAAUACUCGAGGGAAUUACAGAGGGUAAAUGAGGAGAUCAUGGCCAAACUGUCGUUAUUGAUGGGAAUGGAGGAGGAUGGCUUGAAAAAGCUUCAUGUGGUGAUGAAACAAUCUAUGAGAAUGAACUACUAUCCCCCCUGCUCCAAACCUGACCUUGUUCUCGGCGUUAGUCCCCACUCCGAUGGCGGAUCCCUAACUAUACUUCUGCAGGCCGAUGAGAUCACCGGCCUUCAGAUCAAAUACAAGGAAGGAUGGCUUCCUGUAAAGCCAAUUCCAAAUGCAUUGGUGGUCAACGUUGGUGAUGUCAUUGAGGCUUGGAGCAAUGGAAUGUACAAAAGCAUCGAGCACAGAGCCAUCACAAAUGCGAGCAAUGCAAGAAUGUCGAUUGCAACAUUCGUGAUUCCAGAUGUGGGAAUAGAAAUUGGUCCAGUGGAAUCGAUGAUGCAGGAUCGUUCAAGAAGGUAUAAAGACAUUAAGUACUUGGAUUACAUUAAGCACGUUCUGGACAGGAAAAUGGAUGGAAAAGCUCACACAAGCUUUCUCAAGUUAGAAGGCGAGCCAUGA